ACACACACACACCACAGACCACAGUGGACCAGUGGAGGAUCAGCAGCACUUCUCUGCACAGCUUCACAAACCAGUUACAGGAGUAAAGAUGAAGCUGUUGGUCUGGAUCAGUCUCCUCUGCCUCUGUAUCUGUUAUUUCACAGAGGCCAGAGUCAUCCCUGAAGGAGUGCCGUACGACGAACCACCAGCUGUUCCCUACUGGCCCUACUCCACCUCCGACUUCUGGAACUACAUCGAGUACUUCAAAUCCAUCGGUGCCUACAACCACAUCAACGAGAUGGCCCGGGCCUUCUUCGCCCACCAGCACCUCGGAGACACCCUGGGAUACGAGACCAACGCAGGACAUGAGCACUGAGGAGGGGGAGGGACGGAUGUGGCAGCUCAAAGUAGUUAUGAAGGAAUGCAUCUCUUAGCUUCACAGAAAGGAAAUGAGCAAGAGAAGAUAUGAAAAACAGAAAGAAAAUGGAAGCAUGUAACAUACUUUCCCAAAUUAUAACACUGUGUGUGUUAUUAUAGCCAAUAAGUAGAAUUCAGAUGUAGUAAAGAAGGGAGACUUGUAGAAUUGUACUGUAUAAUAUAUUGUAGUAUGUAUUAUGCCACAAAUAAACAUUAUUGAAGUAUC